AUGCCAAACCUUGGGUACAUUUUUACAUCUCUGCUGGCUUUCCUUCUCUCCACUCAGCAUCUUAUUUUCCUUUUGACAAGCGGGCACCCGCUAGGGAUGUUUUUGACUGAAAUCCUAUCAUUCUUUUUGCUCGUUGGGUCUAUCACAUCAGUUUUUACGUUGGGUUUCUUGCGACUGUAUCUGCAGGAUACUCAUGCUCUCUACACUCCCUUAAUCAUCUGCACCAUUUUCCCGCCAGUUAUUGAGCCCCAGACUAUGCUCACGCAAUCGAAGGCCGCGAUUUCUCAGAUACGCGCUGCUGGUCACCGCGGUUGA